AUGGAUGAGGCCAUGGCACCGCCUUUCAAACGACGAAAGCUGUCGAGCUCUCUAGCAGAGCCAGACUACAGACUGGAAAACAGCACAGCACCCGCAGAUGCGGUGCCCUCAUAUUCCCAUGGCGUCACUUCGCUACAACACACAUACUCGUCUCUCGCACCCGCGAGGACAGACUUUCCGCAGGACGACGAGCAGCAGCAGCAGCAGAGCAAAGAGCAGAGCACACAGCACCCCGUGGUUGGAGGCAUUGCACACUUUCAAGUUCUGGUGCCUCGACAGGGGACCGGCUCUUCGAGCAGUGCGGAGUCAACUAACCUUGCGGCUACUAAUGCUCUAGAGGCUCUCACUGCAGUUGUCAGCUCCUCCGUCAUAUCCAUGACAUCCUCAAUAUCGGUCUCUCUAUCGACGUCAGCAUCGAGUCCUACUUUACCCGCAGACACCGUACCGGCUGGCGUGACACCGAGUGAAAGCUCAAGUUCGACAUCAAGUCAGCCUACAUCACCAUCACCAUCAUCAUACGUAUCGAGCAGUGUAUCGAGCAACGUAUCCAGCAGCUCGAGCGCAAAUGACACGUCCACCAUCACAUCAUCAGCGACACGGUCGAGUGCUACCAUCACCUCCACGGAAUCCUCCAUCUCUCAGAACCUCACCACUUCAGCCAUUAUCAUUGAAGGCGAAAGCAGUACCACAACGUCGAGAACGACCAUCAACCUGGACAACCAGACUUCCUCGACUACAUCUACGGACACUGCGUUUCUGUUCCUCUUCACGCUUUCCAAUGGAGAUAUCACGACCCUUUCACGACACAGUGGAGCUUACACGACAACCUUGGGGGAUGGUGAGGUGCUUACGGUGCCAUCAAUAUCUGCAACUUCCUCCAGUGACCGGUCAAGCACUUCAAGUCGGGCAUCGACGGCUUCAAGAACAGCUUCGACAUCUUCAUCAAGCUCUGAACAAAGCAGCACCAUCACGUCGACGGUCGAGGUUACAGGAGUAGCUGGCCAAGGAGAGGCGACAUCUACCGACUCAUCAACGACAAGCACGACUUCGGCUGCAUCUGGUGGCGGAGGUGGUGGAAGCAAUGAUCCCCCUGCUGGAACGAUUGCGGGAGGUGUUGUAGGUGGAGCCGCCGGACUUGCUGUUCUCGUUUUGAUAGCAAUGCUGUUCGUGAGAUGGUAUAGAAGGAAGAGUCAAGUUGGGCACCGCGAAUUACCACCUGGAUCAGCCGCUUCACCAGAGACUUCAGAGCAACCCACCGAUCGGAGUGGACCUGGAAUGGCCGAGCGUGCAGGCCUGAUGCCGUUUGCUGCAGCUUUGCCUGCGCUGUUUAGGCAUCAGAACCGCAGCGCCGAGGGUUCAGCACCUUCAGAACGAGGGUUCACACGAGUUUCUGGUCGAAAGCUGCCAUCUGCAUUCAGUGGAGGUAUGAGCAGUGAAGGGGCCGGUAGCCAACAGCAACAGCAGCAGCAGCCCCCGCCCGGCAUGCCUUUGAGCGGCUCUCCACCCGAUGAGCGAAACCUAAGCAGCACCUCUUUCUAUCGGGACAGCCAAGGUUUCUACGGUGGGGAUGGUACAGCCGGCCGGUCGUCAACCUCCCCAACCUCGCCUACCUCACCCACCUCACCGUCCAGCAGUGCGCCCAUCCACACUGGCCCCGAAAUGAUGACCAUGUCACCUGGCCCGCAGCGCCAGCCUCAAGUCCAUUCCGGAGGGCCGUACACCAUGUCACCCGCCGACAGCGGCGACAUGCCCACCCCACCACCCGCCGCGGCGGCGCAAUUCGCCCGCAGCGACACCCCUUCGAGUUUACGCAACAGUCGCUUCACCGAGGACAUGUGA